UAUUUUCGAAAGUGAUUCAAAAGAUAAAACUGUAAAAAAACUUCGUGAAUGGUCUCGUGUAGAACUAUAUACAUAUAGUAAAUUAAUAGAACUGUAUCCAGAACGUACUGAUCGACUUGCUUAUGGUCGAAAUAUGCUAAUGGAUAAAGCACAUCUUUUACUACCUGAUUAUAUUUUUAUUGUCGAUUUAGAUAGAUUUCUAACAUCCGUUUCUUCUUUUCUUUCAAAUUUUCAAUAUGACACAAAUCAAUGGUCGGUCAUGACAGCAACAGCACAUAAUACCUAUUAUGAUAUUUGGGCAUUACGUACGUUAUCUGAUUCAGUUAUGAAUUAUGAUGUUUGGCAUCGAGUGUCGGAACUUGAGACACCUCCGAAUAACUAUUGUCAUCAAUCAGUUUAUGAUGGAAUUAUUGGAAUUCAUAUAAAGCAUAUUCCGAUUGAACAUGGUUUAAUCGAAGUACGUUCUGCCUUUAAUGGUGCUGGAUUAUAUAAAGUAAAUUCGACAUAUAACUGCAAAUACGAUGGUGGAGGAUAUACUUGUGAACAUGUGCCAUUUCAUUUGUGUAUACGAGAAAAAAAUCAAGCAAGAAUAUUUAUCAAUCCCGAGUUUCAAGUUGGUUCAGUAUAA